CUUUCCUUUCCCUUCCCUUCCCUUCUAUCCCCUCCCAAAAAAAAAAAAUAGAUUUAGAAAUUUCUAUUCUGUACCGCCCUUUGCCCAGUUCAAUUGUUUGAGUUUUGAGUUUAUGAUGGAUGAGGUGAGAGAUUCACGUGCCAAACCUAACAGUCCAAGUCCAACUAAAACUACCAUAUAGAGAUAUUCCCCCAGUCCAGUCCCAGCCUCAGUUUCUCCCCCCUUUCUUUCUUUCUUUCAAUCAAUGAAUGAGUUUAGAGUUUCAGAGAUGGAAGAACCCUUUCUUUCCGUCCUCGAUGCGUAAAUACAUCCAUUUAUUUAUAUGUGUACUAACAGUAAUAUUAUAUAGAAGAAAGGAAGCCAUCAUCGCGGUGAAGUCAGAAGAAGAGACAGACAAGAACUAGCGAUUCCCACUCCCGGCUUCAAUGGAGACGGCGACGGCGUCUUCGUCUUCUUCUCCCGCUUCAAUCUCCUUUUAUGACUUCCUCGAUAGAAUGCGAAACCCUGCCUCCCUCGAUCUCGUUCGAUCCAUUAAAAGUUUCAUCGUAUCCUUUUCGUUUUAUGCGCCAAAUCCUGAGAGUGAUGGAAAAAGGGUGCAAGAUUUCUUCUUGUCGAUGGAAACAUCCAUCAGGGAUCAUCCACUGUGGGCAGGUGCCUCCGAUGAGGAAAUUGACUGUGCUAUGGAGGGUCUGGAGAAGUAUGUCAUGACAAAAUUAUUUUCGCGCGCCUUUGCAUGCUGCCCUGAUGAUUUGAGGAUUGACCAGGAAAUUGCAGAGAAAAUAUCCAUGCUGCAAACCUUUCUGAGGCCUGAACAUCUAGAUAUACCCACUAUUCUUCGUAGUGAAUCUUCUUGGCUGCUUGCAGAGAAGGAAUUGGGAAAAAUAAAUGCACAUAAAGCUCCACGGGAGAAGCUUCUGUGUAUAAUGAAUUGCUGCCGGGUUAUCAACAACUUGCUUCUCAAUGCAUCCAUGUCAGAGAAGCAUGUCCUAGCUGGGGCAGAUGACUUUCUUCCAGUCCUUAUAUAUGUCACGAUCAAGGCCAAUCCUCCACAGUUGCAUUCCAAUCUCAAGUUCAUCCAGUUAUAUCGGAGGCAGGCAAAGCUAACGUCAGAAGCAGCUUAUUAUUUCACCAACCUGGUCUCAGCCAAGUCGUUUAUUGUCGAUUUGCAUGCAAAAUCUCUUUCUAUUGAUGAAAUUGAAUUUGAGGAGAAUAUGCAAGUGGCUAAACUGGCCAAUAAGGUGCCGGAUGAAGAUCCCUGUCCUACCAGAGAUGGGGAGGAUGGUCUGAGGAGGGAAACAGGCGUUGGAACUUUUACUGCAAUGAACUUCAAAGAAAGAAGUAACAGUGGGUUACAGUACUCAUUUAAUAAUUUAUUUGAGUUGGCUAAAAUGCAUAUGAUCGUGACAGGAAGCCCAUAUCCAUUCAUGCAAGCUGAGGCCCGGGACCUCACGGUUGGAGACGUGGAGAGACUGCUUAGGCUAUACAAGGAUGUGGUGGACAAGUAUACAAACUUGUGCACUGCCUAUAGGCACCUUGCUUCCUCAAAACUGGAAUCUGGUCAUUUUAAAGGAAGCACUGCAUCCUGUUGCUAUGAGCAGCCCGAGACAAGUGUGAGCAGGCAGAGAGAGGAUGGAGCAGAUAUCUAAGAAUCUUGAUCUGAAAUCACACUGCGUGUUAUAUAAUUUGGAGCACCAAGGUCGUCAGAUCAUUGUCUUUUCCAUCUAGUCAGGAGCUCCCCAUGCACAUGUUAAGCUAAUUCAUGUACAAUAUUCGUUAAAAAAAAUGUAAUUCAUGUACAAUAAGUAUUUAUACCAGCAGGUGAUUCACUGAUUA